ACUCCCUUCGCGUCGUCCAUCCUGAACGCCCCACCCACCGCCGUCGCCGUCGAUUGUUGUGCCUCGCCUCGGUGUCGCCGUCACCGUCGAUUGCUGCGCCUCGCCUCGCCGUCGCCGUCGAUUGCUCGCCUCGCCUCGCCAUCUCCGUCGAUUGCUGUGCUUUGUCGUCGAUUGUUGCGCCUCGCCGCACCGUCGAUUGCUGCCGACCUCGCCUCGCCUCGCCAUCGAUUGCUGCCGACCUUCCUCCUCAUCGCUCGACUGCCGCGCCUGCCGCCGAACUCUGCCCACCUCCGCUUUACCCAGGAAUUUAUCCAGCAACUGUUGUGGAUCCUUCAUUAUAGAAUGAAGGAAUUUACAGCUCUCUACUAGGCUGAAAACAGGACUCGCAAAGCUUGAAAUGCUGAAUGUCAACUAUUGUAAUUUGAUCACCGAUGCUGAUAUGAAGGCUAUCUCAGUAUCCAGCACUGCAGGCAUCUGGAAUGCUUGCUUUAUGCCGUUUAAUGAUAAUUGAUGCUGAAUUCUGUGAGUCAAAUCUUCAACUGCUUUUCACUGUUGUGGAGAACGCACCAUCAGAAGUUGUCCGUUCAAAUUGCACCAUAGCACUUGGUGAUCUAGCAGUUCGCUUUCCCAACCUAUUAGAGCCAUGGACAGAAAAUAUGUAUGCACGCCUUCGUGAUCUAUCGGUCUCUGUUAGAAAGAAUGCUGUGCUGGUUCUUUCUCACCUUAUAUUAAAUGACAUGAUGAAGGUGAAAGGCUACAUCUGUGAAAUGGCCAUGAGAUUGGAAGAUGAAGAUGAUAGAGUCGCAAACUUAGCCAAACUAUUUUUUCAUGAGCUAUCCAAAAAAGGAAACAACCCUGUAUACAAUCUACUUCCAGAUAUCCUGGGAAAGUUAUCCUCCCAGAACUUGAAUGGAGAGUCUUUCUGCAAUAUUAUGCAAUUUUUAAUUGGCUCCAUCAAGAAGGAUAAACAAAUGGAAGCUCUUGUUGAAAAGCUUUGCAAUAGGUUCACUGGCAUCGCAGAUGUCAGGCAGUGGGAAUGUAUUUCAUACUGCCUUUCUCAGCUAGCAUUUACUGAGAAGAGCAUGAAGAAGCUUAUGGAGUCUUUCAAAACAUACGAACAUGUCUUAUCUGAGGACAUUGUCACGGAGCAUUUCAGAAAUAUAAUCAAUAAGGGAAAGAAAUUUGCCAAGCCUGAACUGAAGGCAAUCAUUGAAGAGUUUGAGGAAAAGAUGGAUCAGGCUGCCUAUUGAAAAGGAGCAAGAGAUGAAGUUUUCAAAGGAUGUUAAGAAGAUGAGAUUUUAUGAGAAGAUCUGAAGUAUUGAAUGUUUAUUACUCCCUCCGUCCGCCAAAAGUAUGGCACAAUUACUAUAUUUGGCGUCCGCAAAAAGUAUUCCACUUUCCUUUUUAAGCCAUGGUCCCACCAUCCACCUUUAUAUUUUAUCCUUACAAACACUCUUUAUUUACAAAAAACCCACCCCAAAUUCAAUCUCCACCACACAUCUCAAAAAGUGGUGGGACCCUUUCUCCACUACA